CUCUCGGUGUGUAGCUGUACACUGUGGCGCAGUCAGUUUUUGACAUGGCAGCAGCAGUCGUCUCGAUCGAAUUUUAUAAGAUGAUUAAUUGAGUAAGCACGGUAAACACAACCUCCUCGUUUCAGUCCAGCUCCAAAAUAUAAAAGCUUCGACCCGGAAGACGAGAGAUUGGCUGACGCGCGGUUACGUUGCUGAAGCCUACUUCGUUCCAUCAAGUUUUCUUCUAGCCUACUCACAACGAGAAGGGCACAAGAACGUAUGAGCUCAUCGGAGAGAAACGGCUAGUGGAGACAGCCCAGCUAACAUACUACGAUUUGACACAGCUCACUGGACACGGAUUAAAACAGCGGUGGUACCAUUUCUGAAGACCUUGUUAGAAAGUUAGAAGAAGGGGCCGCGGACAGUUUGCUUUUCGGCCACAUCAUCUGCGACCGAGGCGAAUGCAGCCUCUCUGCGCGAGAAGCCGCUCAGCAGUGCGCCCAUACCAAACUGAAGCACCUAACCUCUGCGCUGCCCCUUGGACUCAAGCAUAUCGACACACAAUACGCAAUACAUUGAAGAAUAAACCAAGCAAGCAGCAGCGACAACACAAAACACUUGGUCUCGAUAAAGACAAAUGAGAAGACAAACCAAGGAGGAUUCCAACUUGUAGAAAACGACUGAAAGCAAAACGGACACAAAAAAGUCAUAUUAUUAUCACAGCUUAAAAUAUAUUUGCUUCAGAUCUACGGGACACAACGCAUAGGCUUGUUUUACAGACAGAACAAGCUAAGCCCCAAAGGUUUCGUUGUUUUUAGGACGAACGUCACCAAAGUUUUGAUCCUACUUUAAAGUGCACGGACGAUUAGGAGAUGGAGGUCGCAGCCGAUCAAUCUCGGUGGAUGGCGCAUCAUCAUGCGGUACUUAAUGGUCAGCACCCAGAUAGCCACCAUCACGGUCUGACACAUAACUACAUGGAGCCCAUGGCGCCGCUUCUACCCCCGGACGAAGUGGACGUGUUCUUGAACCAUUUGGAUUCGCAGGGCAACCCUUACUACCCAAACUCAAGGGCCCGGGUAUCAUAUGGCCAGGCACACGCUCGUCUCACUGGAAGUCAAGUCUGCCGACCACACCUUAUCCACAGCCCGGGCAUUUCGUGGCUGGACAGCGGCAAGGCAGCUUUCUCUGCUGCUCAUCAUCAUAACGCAUGGGCGGUCAGCCACUUCAGCAAGCCCGGACUGCACCCUGCUAGUGCCGGUUACCCUUGCAGCAGCAAUUCCAGCACUGCCCCAGUCUCAUCUCUCACCUCUGCGUCCCACUCCAGCCCUCAUCACCUAUACAGUUUCCCUCCCACGCCACCGAAGGACGUGUCCCCGGACCCAGGUCCUUCCUCUCCAACCUCGUCUGCAACAAGAAUGGACGAGAAGGAGUCCAUUAAGUACCAAGUGUCAUUGACCGAUGGCAUGAAAAUGGAGGGAUGUAGUCCACUUCGAAGCAGCCUGGCGACCAUGGGUGGCCAGACUCCUUCUACUCAUCAUCCCAUCCCAACGUACCCUGCCUAUUCACUCCCAAACCCACACGACUACGGCGGCAGCAUAUUCCACCCUGGUAGCCUGCUAGGCGGAUCAGCAUCCAGUUUCACACCAAAGUGUAAAAGCAAACCCCGAUCGAGCUCAGAAUUCUGCACAGAGGGCCGUGAGUGUGUGAACUGCGGUGCCACCUCCACGCCGCUGUGGCGGCGAGACGGGACGGGCCACUACCUCUGCAACGCCUGCGGCCUCUACCACAAGAUGAACGGCCAGAACCGGCCCCUGAUCAAGCCCAAGCGCAGACUGUCCGCUGCACGACGAGCCGGCACCUGCUGCGCUAACUGCCAGACAACGACUACUACCCUUUGGAGGCGCAAUGGGAAUGGUGACCCCGUAUGCAACGCCUGCGGCCUCUACUUCAAACUGCACAACGUGAACAGACCGUUGACCAUGAAGAAGGAGGGAAUCCAAACGCGCAACCGCAAGAUGUCCAGCAAGUCCAAGCGCAGCAAGCUUAGUGGGGUUAAUUUGGCUACGACGAAGCCUCCAAGUGCAUGCAGGACAAGAACUCCCCUGUGCAUGCAGGACAAGAACUCCCCGUUCGGUGGCCCCGGGUCCCUGGCCGGCCACAUGGGCCACAUGGGCCACCUGCCCCCCUUCAGUCACUCCGGACACAUGCUGCCCACCCCCACCCCCAUCCACCCCAGCUUCAGCCACCCGCACCACUCCGGCCGCUCGCCCGCCUGGGCCGAGCCACACUGAGAGAGAGAUGGAGAGAGAGAGAGAGAGAGAGAGAGCGUCUAGGACAGACACACUUGAACCUCUCCCACAGCCAACCACCACAACCAUGACCACCACCACAACAACCAAACCCCCCUCAACUUCGGGUUCGUCCUGCAAACCUUUUGCUCUCGAUCAUCCUCAUCCUAUCUCUCCCAUCUCGGCCCCCCCGUCUCCUGUGCUCGGCUGUCGUCAGUUACGUUCAUCCUCGCUUGUAGCCAAAGCCCUGUUGCUGCUUCACUUCGGGGGAAGAUGGAGCAGAAUGGCGGCUUUUGGCUGAACUUUUCUCGCCGUGGAUGGACACUGUCUUGUCUUGCUCCAGCUUGGUCUACAGAAUGGCAAAAGGACAGA